GAAAGAGAAGGAGAGAGAGAAGGAAAGGGAGAGAGAGAAAGGGAGUGGGGGAGAGAAAGAGAAGGAGAGAGAGAAAAGGAAAGGGAGAGAGAGAAAGGGAGUGUGGGAGAGAAAGAGAAGGAGAGAGAGAGAAAGGGAGUGGGGGAGAGAAAGAGAAGGAGAGAGAGAAAAGGAAAGGGAGAGAGAGAAAGGGAGUGUGGGAGAGAAAGAGAAGGAGAGAGAGAGAAAGGGAGUGUGGGAGAGAAAGAGAAGGAGAGAGAGAAGGAAAGGGGGAGAGAGAAGGAGAAGGAGAGAGAGACGCUUCGAGGUUUUUUUGCCCAGGGCGACGGACUGUCUCGCUCAUCCUCACGCGUGCGCGCGUGUUGUGUGUGUUGUAUCCAGACUCUCUGCCUGACUAUUGGUAUCUCGUUGCCCACACCUCUUUUCCCCUCCUCUUUCUCUCCUCUCCUCUCCCCCCCCCCACCUCCUUCAAAAAAAGAAUCCGGCUUUUUGGGGGGAUUUUUUUCUACCCCUCCUUGCGUCAGCAGCCCAACGUCACUUCGCCGGUGACAGCUCCCUCGGUUUGGGGCUGCAGCAGGAACCGGGGCGCUUUAUUAUCAGCAAGCGCGUGGACCGGGAGGCGGCGGCCGGCUGACAGCGCCUGCUUGGUCCUCGGACGCUCUCUGAGGGGAGCCGGGAGAGAUUUGGCCGCCUGACCGAAGCCCAGAAGUUGCCGCCUUCCGAGGGAAGGCAGAAAGAGCGGCUGCCCCCGGACGGGAGAGGGAAAGGAUGCUCGAGUGACUGACGGCUCGGUGUCCCGGCAGCCGAGCUGGAUUGAUCGCGCUUGGCCGGCGGGAAGAAGAGCCACCGAGGAGCUGCGGCGGCGGCGGUGCCAUGGGGGCCUCGCCAAGGGCAUGGUGGUGUUGGCGGUGGCGGCAGCGGCGGCUUCAGGGUUCGCCCCGGGCGACGGCGACCGGCUUCUGGAGCUUGUGUUGGCUGAUGCUGGGCGCUUGGCGGGGGCUGCUCGCCUCCGCUUGCCCCACCUCGUGCGCCUGCAGUCCCGAGCGGAUCUGGUGCAGCGAAGCCGCCGCCAGCCUCGUGUCCUUCCCCGUGCUCGGCAAGAGGAGCGAGCGGGAGAAAAUCACCGACAUUUAUAUUGCAAACCAGCGGGGUUUAGAAAGCAUAAAUGAAAUAGAUGUUGGACUGUACACUGGAUUGAGAAAUUUAACUGUGGUGGACUCAGGCUUGAAGUUUGUCUCACGCCAAGCUUUCCUGAAAAAUAUUAACCUACAGUACAUUAACUUCUCCAGAAAUAAGCUUUCAAGUUUGUCCAGGAAGACUUUCCGCCAUCUGAAUUUGACAGAUCUGAUUUUAGAUGGCAACCCUUUCAAGUGUUCCUGUGAUAUUAUGUGGAUCAAAGUAUUCCAAGAGACCAAGUUUCCAAAAGCAGAAACUCAGGAUUUUUACUGCAUAAAUGACUACAACCAGAGGAUAUCUCUGCUAGAGAAGCCAGUCCCAAACUGUGGCAUGCCUUCAGUCAAGUUGAAUACACAAAAUCUCACAGUUGUUGAAGGCAAAACUAUCACUUUAUAUUGUGAAGCCACAGGAAGUCCAUCACCAACGAUAGCUUGGGUUUUCAAUAAUAUUGUUUCAAAACAUGAGAGUGAUACAAAUAAGAACCCCGCUUCUUUUACUAUAAAGAAUGUCUCAUCAAGUGACAGUGGCAUACAGAUUUACUGUAUAGCAGAAAAUAUUGUGGGUGAAGACCAAGCUUCUGUCGACCUCACCGUGUUCUUUGCCCCAAAUAUCACAUUUCUUGAAAUACCAUAUUCGGACCAUCAUUGGUGCAUUCCAUUCAGUGUGAGGGGAAAUCCACAACCAGUCUUGACAUGGCUACACGAUGGGGCUAAACUGAAUGAAUCAGAAUAUAUUUGGACCAAAAUACAUGUUACCAAUCGGACAGAAUAUCAUGGCUGCCUUCAGCUGGACAAUCCUACUCAUGUCAACAAUGGCAAUUAUACUUUGGUGGCACAGAAUCAAUAUGGAAAAGAUGAAGCCAACGUCUCUGCUUAUUUUAUGGAAGAUCCUGGAGGUAAGCAAUACCUGGAAUGCUGGUUUCCAACCCCAGAUGAGACAGAACUUACAGGUAGUCCGUUCUAUGAUCAUCCCGGUUACAUUGAAGAUUAUGGAACACCAACAAAUGAUUUUGAAGACACUACAAAUAAUAGUAACCAAGUUACUUCUACGGAUGUGUCAAACAAAGACAACGAAGAUAGCAUCACUGUGUAUGUUGUAGUGGGGAUUGCUGCAUUGGUGUGCACUGGCUUAGUAAUUAUGCUCAUUAUUCUCAAGUUUGGAAGACAUUCUAAAUUUGGAAUGAAAGGCCCUUCUUCAGUUAUCAGCAAUGACGACGAUUCGGCAAGUCCCCUUCAUCACAUCUCUAAUGGAAGCAACACACCAUCUUCUUCUGAGGGAGGCCCGGAUGCAGUGAUUAUUGGAAUGACAAAGAUUCCUGUAAUUGAAAAUCCUCAAUAUUUUGGAAUUACAAAUAGUCAACUCAAGCCUGACACGUUUGUCCAGCAUAUCAAACGCCACAAUAUCGUCCUCAAGAGGGAGCUGGGAGAAGGAGCAUUUGGCAAAGUUUUCUUGGCUGAAUGUUAUAACCUAUAUCCUGAGCAGGAUAAGAUCUUGGUUGCUGUAAAGACUCUGAAGGAUGCCAGUGACAAUGCCCGCAAAGACUUCCAUCGAGAAGCAGAACUACUGACUAAUCUACAGCAUGAACAUAUUGUCAAGUUUUAUGGAGUGUGUGUAGAAGGAGAUCCUCUCAUCAUGGUCUUUGAAUACAUGAAACAUGGAGAUCUCAACAAAUUCCUUAGGGCGCAUGGACCUGAUGCAGUUCUGAUGGCCGAAGGGAAUCGUUUGGCUGAACUAACCCAAUCCCAGAUGCUGCACAUUGCUCAGCAGAUUGCAGCUGGUAUGGUUUACUUAGCAUCACAGCACUUUGUGCACCGUGACCUGGCUACUCGGAACUGCCUGGUUGGGGAGAACCUACUGGUGAAGAUUGGAGAUUUUGGGAUGUCAAGAGAUGUAUAUAGCACAGAUUACUACAGGGUUGGUGGCCAUACUAUGUUACCUAUUCGUUGGAUGCCACCUGAAAGCAUCAUGUAUAGAAAGUUCACCACGGAAAGUGAUGUCUGGAGCCUUGGCGUUGUUCUCUGGGAAAUCUUUACCUAUGGCAAACAGCCGUGGUAUCAGCUCUCAAACAAUGAGGUAAUUGAGUGUAUUACUCAGGGCCGCGUCCUACAGCGACCUCGUACCUGCCCAAAGGAAGUAUAUGACCUGAUGCUUGGGUGCUGGCAGCGGGAGCCUCAUAUGAGACUCAAUAUCAAAGAAAUCUACUCUCUCCUUCAGAACUUGGCCAAGGCCUCUCCAGUCUACCUGGAUAUUCUAGGGUAGAAACUCCUAGCACUUCCUUGUAUGAAGUGUGUGAAUGAAUGUUUCCGUUGCAACUAAACUCCAUUACAAUGUGUUAUUAACUCUGGCAGUAUUAAAUACAAAGAUACGGAGAAGCUUUCAAAGGGCAAGCUGUGUGCAUCUCUUCCUCUGUAUACACAGUAUUGACGUUGUGACUUUACUGACAUAUAUCUCUUCUUCCCUUCUGUUCUCUUUCCCCCCAAUUUCUAUUCAACCAGGCUUCUGCAUUAUUAUAACUCUGCAUAGACAAAGGCCUUAACAACCUGAUCUGUUUUAUCAGCAGAUACUCGGUUUUGCUCAUCACAGCUUAAAUGCCUUGUUGUCCUUUUGCCUUUGAUCUGGAUAAAAAAGGGAAAAAAAGACUCAUACCUUGUGACUUCUGCUGUAUGGAUAUCUGGAACAUCUAUGGAAUUGCCUCUACUUUAUUUGCUUUGACAUCUGUGUUGAAAAUGGAAGUGUCAAGUGCAGUAGACUGGCAUUCUCUAUGGGAAUAAUUAUUUUAUUUCUAGUUGAGGUCAAGCUGAAGGGGGAAAAAUCAGUCGGCAUCUUAUGUAAACUUCUCUUUUGAAAAACGAUCAGAUCAGAUGGCAUCCAAUGUAACAUUUUACAGAAUAAUGUAAUUAUUUCACAAAAGAGUAGGAACCUGGUGCUUUGCCUUGGGAGACGUAUAGGAAAGUAAAGGCAUUGUUCCCAUUGCAAACUUUUUUUAUAUUGAAAGGGGCUUCUGUGUCAACUAGACUGAAAAGUAAAGGUCUUGUUCACAUUUCCCAGAACUGUAUCACUUUAUGCACAAUUAGGAUCCCCCAACUUCACCUUGCCAUAGUUUCUCCUGAUGUCACUACUACAAGAAUUCCCUAGUUUGUUUUUGAUAAUGCAAGUGCAUGGUUGGGUAUAUUAAAUAAUAUACCCAUAAUAGUUUCUAGGGCUCUUUUGAAAACAGGGCUGUAAUACAGCGGCAUUAGUCAAAUAUAUUAUGCCUCAAAUCUGAUGUCUCUGGUUGGGUUGGGUUGGAAUGGGAUUGAAACCCCACACAUCUGGGUGGUAUUAUCUUAGGAUGCCCAAGAUGUGGGAAAAGCUAGACAUGGAUAAUAUAGAGGUUACAACAUGAUGUUUUAUCAGCACUUACUGAUCCUUCUCCUCCUAUUCAACUUCUGUUUAUCCUUGUCAGGCCGAAGCAACCAGAACCACUCAUAAAUAGCUGAAGAAAACAACUUUAUUGAUUUCUACCUAUAUUACAAGAUUUUCCUUAGACACCCUUCUGCUGGGAAUGACCAAAGCUUCAUGAAACUUGGGUGGAGAUCAAGCUUAUGCCUCUUGUGGCUGUACAAGGACUCUAAGCUAGGCCCUUGCUUGAUCUCUCCUUCCAGCCUACCUGGCAAUUUCCCAACAAUCUUUUCCCCAAACUCAGCAUACAUUUUAUCAGUUAUUACUCCACUAUUCAUUCUGAAAAAACUCCCACAUCUCAUUGAACACUCAAGUAAGCAUAAUAAAUUCCGAUAUUUAGUUGUAAUAAAAUUGCUGCUGUGAAACAUAUGUAUUGUUACAGGUGCAAUAGGCUCAUGCAACAAUAUUGAAUAUUUAUUACUGAUGUGAAAUAGGACAUAUUUAAGAAACUCUGGAGAAAAGUCAGCAAAAAUAAGAAUGAGAAACAAUUACUGGUUGAUCAGAUAAUCGGAUAUUGAAUGUUGAGAAUGGCCAGCCUUUCAUUUAGGAGUGACAAGUAUUAUACUAUAUGACUAACAAAAACAUAUUACAUAUAGACGUGGAAGGUUUAGGAUAUACAUGUCAAGUUAUUUUUAUUAUAAGAUAUUAUGAUGAAAUAAAUUCAAAACUGCUGCAAAAAUGUGGAGGGGAUAUUUUAAAUCACUAAAGGAGAUUUGAAUAUAGAGCUCCUAAAUGUUUUGUAAUUGUAAUUUUAUUUUAAAGAGUUGACACUUAUUUUUAUAAUUGUUUUCAGAAUCAUUUUAAAUGUGUUUGACUUACAUUUCUUCUUUUGAAGCACCCUUUUGCAAUCUAGAAAGAUGCUGAUCUUGUUUCAAAAUCUGAACUAAAAUUAGAAAUGUGAAUAGGUGAAGUUGGAUUCUAUUAUGUCAAUUUUAGAAGUUGCUAAGUUAUACAUAUAACAAUGUAUGUCUAAAGCCAUAUGUAUAUGUAUGUGUGUGUGUGUGUAUACACACACACACACACACACAAACAUACGCAUACACACAUAUUAGUUCCUAUAUAAGUUUCAAUAGGUUUUUUUAAAAAUGUUAGGAUGAUUAAUAUGAAAUAAACUUUGAAGAUUAUUUAAGUAAUGGCUGAAAAGUAAUACAUAAAGACAAAAGAAAAAGAAAAAUAUUGUAUGUUCACUUUUGCAUACUGACUUUAAAACCAGUUUUGUUUAUACAGUGUCAUUUUAGUUCAAUCUUCUCAAGUUUGAUGCCCUCAGUUAUGCUAGAACUGCAAUUCCCAUUAGAACCUAACUGGGAAUUCUGUAGUUUGCAGUCCUGAAAAACAUUAAGGGUGACAGAUUGGGAUAAACUGCUCUAAUCUGAAUGAAGUAAAAAGAUAUAUAUAGAAAACAAAAUUUGAUGUGUCAGAGAUUGCCAAAAAGCACAUCUAUCCAUGGAUUAUGCACUUUCAUAAUUUCUGAAAAAGUGCAAUUCUGACGGAAUUCCCUACUUUUGAUGACCAAUGUGGCAAAGUUGGAAUUAAAAGGGAUGCUACUCACAAUACUUCUGAUGGUAGUGGGUUUUCAGCUCUGUUCUUUUCUAUAUUCCAGAUCUUUCUGUAGUCCAUAAUGUUUAGUCACAAGUAGAGAUUCUCAGCAAGCCCUUUGCCAAUUAAUAUUCAUUAAGAUCUCCCACUUUGCAUGUCCCAUCAGUUUCUCUCUUCUGAUGGAGAAUGAGAAGCCGCAAUGAUUGUUUCUCUUGGAAAUUUAUUUUUUAAUAAGGAAAUGUUAUUUCAUUAUUCAAAAUAAACUUAACCAAUAAACUCCACCAAGCAAA